UUUGGUAUAAAUAAGAUGAGUUUUGAAGGUCUUUCUUCAUCCCCAAACAGAAACAGAGGAAAAAGAUGGCAAAUUUUUCAUCAAAAUCCAAUAAAAGAUCCAUCAGUUUGCCAAGCAGAUCACAUCCAGCUACACAGAAUAUUGAAGAGGAGCUCAACAAGCUCAAAUCUUGGGAAUUCUCUGCUUCACCAACUGCAGAAGCUGUUUACAGUGGUCUAAUUGGUUUAAGGGAGGUGCAUAAGUGCAUGGUUGAUCUUUUAAAUUUGCCCCUCACACUUCAAUCCCUUUCUCAAUUUCAAAACAAGAAAUGGGUCGAUGAAAUCUUGGAUAAAUCUGUAAGAUUUCUUGAUAUAUGUAGCACAACAAGGGAGAUCGUAUCGCAAUUUAAGGAAAAUGUUAAAGAUGUUCAGUCUUCACUCAGGAGGAGAAAAGAAGAUUUGAGCAUCAACAACUACACCACAUUCAGGAAGAAGAUGAAGAAAGAAGCCAAAAGUUUGAUUACAGCUUUGAAAAGAAUGGAUCAUGAGGAAGUAGUUGAUGUAAUGGAAGUUGCUGAUCAACUUGUCUCAGCUGUUAUUAGAGUCCUAAGAGAAGUUGCCACAAUGGGAAUUUCAGUUUUCCAAAUGUUGUUGAAUUAUUUGUCAGCCUCAAAUUCUAAACCAAUUAGUAAAUGGUCUUUGGUUUCAAGGUUAGUCAACAAGGGUGUAGAUCAAGGCAAUACUGUAAAUGAAAUAGAAAGUGUUGAUGCUGCAUUAAGCAGUCUUUCCAAGUGUGGUCCUAAUGAAAUGGAAAAGAUCCAAUUUGUGCAGAGCAAAUUGGAAAGAGUGGAAGCUCAUUUUGAAUGCAUUGAGAAGGGUCUUGACAACAUCUUUAGAUGUUUGAUCAGAUCAAGAAGCACACUAUUAAAUGUUGUUUCUUGCCAAUGA